AGUCGGAUACAGUUACUGGAAUCCACAAUGCGAGUUUUAAUCCUGUUAGCCAUCUUGGGCGCAGCCCUUGCGGCGCCGAAGCAGAUUAACCGCAUUGUCGGUGGUACCCCUACGACAGUGGAAAACUAUCCAUACAUCGCCAACAUGCAGCACGGUCUAUUUGGUAUCUUGUGGUCCCAGGCCUGCGGUGGCUCUCUGCUUACUUCCACCUCCAUCCUCUCUGCUGCUCACUGCUACUAUUUCGACCGUCCUCAAGAUUGGCGUGUACGUCUCGGAACUUCAUUUUCAUCCAGCGGCGGCACUGUCCACACAAUUUCCCAACUAGUCCUCCACCCGCAGUACGACAACCCCACACUAAACAACGACGUGGCCAUCGUCCGCCUCUCCACUCCUACCGUAUACUCUAACACUGUCCAGCCCAUUAGCAUCGCAGGUACCAACUACAACGUUCCUGAUGGUACCCCUGUUGUCACCGCCGGAUGGGGACGCCUUUGGUUUCAAGGCGACUUUCCUGAGGAACUUCAGCAUGUAACCGUCAAUACCAUCAACCACCAAAUCUGUACUGAACGAUACGCUUACUUGAAGACCCAACCUCAUCAAGAGCGCACACCCGACGUUACUGACGGCAUGUUGUGCGCUGGAAUCUUAAACGUCGGUGGCAAGGACGCCUGCAGUGGAGACUCUGGCGGUCCCCUCGUCCAUAACAAUGUCCUCAUCGGUGUCGUCUCGUGGGGCUAUCAGUGCGCGGAUCCUAUUUACCCCGGUGUCAACGCUCGUGUCUCCUAUUUCUCUAAUUGGAUUGUGAACAAUGCUUCGGCGCCAAAGCAGAUUAACCGCAUUGUCGGCGGCGUCCCCACUCCAGUGGAAAAUUAUCCUUAUAUCGCCAACAUGCAGGUCGAUAUGUUUGGUAUAGUGUGGGUGCAGGCUUGCGGUGGAUCCCUGCUUACUUCCACCACUAUCCUCUCUGCUGCUCACUGCUUCCACAUCAACAAUCCUCAACAAUGGCGUGUCCGUCUCGGUACUUCCUUCGCAUCCAGCGGCGGCACCGUCCACGCUGUUUCUCGACUAGUCCUCCACCCGCAGUACCAUGAAGUCACACUAAACAACGACGUGGCCAUCGUCCGCCUCUCCACUCCGGCCGUGUACUCUAGGACUGUCCAACCCAUUAGUAUCGCAGGUACCAACUACAACGUUCCUGAUGGUACCCCUGUUGUCACCGCUGGAUGGGGACGCCUUACGGCCGGUGGUGAAAAAUCUGAGCAGCUGCAGCACGUCAUCAUCAACGUCAUCAACCAGCAAAUCUGCGCUGAACGUUAUGAUGAACUGAAGACCGACCCUGAUGUCGAAAUACCCGGAGUUACUGACGGCAUGUUGUGCGCUGGUAUCUUAGACGUCGGUGGCAAGGACGCCUGCACUGGAGACUCUGGUGGUCCCGUCGUCCAUAACAAUGUCCUCAUUGGUGUCGUCUCAUGGAGCCUUCAUACUAGUGUAACUGGCCCUACCAUGCGUUUUGUGAUCCUAUUAGCCCUCUUGGGCUCAGCCCUCGCGGUCCCCAAGACCAUCAACCGCAUCGUCGGUGGCAGCCCCACCACAGUGGAGACCUACCCUUACAUGUCCAACAUGCAGUACGGUCUGUGGGGAAUCUGGUGGUACCAGGCUUGCGGUGGCUCUCUGAUCACCUCAACCUCUGUCCUCUCCGCUGCUCACUGCUACUUCGGUGACAGUCCUUUCGAAUGGCGCGUGCGUCUCGGUACUUCUCUGGCAUCCAGCGGCGGCAGUCUCCACGACGUCUCCCAACUGGUCAUCCACCCUCAGUACAGCUCCGCCACCCUCCGUAAUGACGUGGCUAUCGUCCGUCUCGCCAGCCCCGCUCAGUACUCUAACUCUAUCCAGCCCGUCUCCAUCGCUGGAGCCAACUACAACCUUGCCGAUAACUCCAACGUCCAAACUAUCGGAUGGGGAGCUCUCUCGACCGGUGGUGGAUCACCCGAGCAGCUGCAGCACGUCACCAUCAACGUCAUCAACCAGAAGGUCUGCGCCGAACGUUACGCUGAACUGAAGACCCAGCCCGGUUUCCAGAACUGGCCCGACGUUACCGAAGACAUGUUGUGCGCCGGUAUCUUAGACGUCGGUGGCAAGGACGCCUGCCAGGGAGACUCUGGCGGUCCCCUCGCCCACAAUGGUGUCCUCGUUGGUGUUGUAUCAUGGGGCUUCCAGUGCGCUCACGCUACUUACCCCGGUGUCAACUCUCGUGUCUCUUCAAACGCUGAAUGGAUCGUCAACAAUGCCUAAAAAUGUGCUUAAGUUAAACUGCUUCUCAAUUUAAUUAUACGGAAUAUUUAAAC